CCGCUCUCGUACAGAGUCGUCACGGACGACGGCGAGAAGCAGGAGGCGCUGCGCCUCGUCGCCGACAGCAUCGCGCAGCAGCGCCAAACCGCCUCGGCCGCCAUCAUCUUCCACCCGCUCUGUUUCGCAGGCCUGCUCGCCAUGUGCGCCGGCACAUAUCACCAGUACCAGCACGCCGGAUACGGGACCGUCAUGACGAUGCUUUCCGGCGUCGUCAUCGUUUACCUGUCGUUUGUUCGCUUCUACACCUCGGGGUAUAUCCAGCGGGCGGAGUCGUUCCGAUGGAGGGACUUUAUCACCGGCCCUGAUGGCAAGGAGGACACCGUCAUUGCCGCAGUCUACGGCGACGAUGUCAUUGGCGUCGUGGUGUUGAGGCUGGAGGGAGACGAGCUUCACAGAAAGAAGAACAAGGGCGGCGCUCAGGCCAGCAAAGCUGGUCGAGGCAUCAUCCGCGCCUGGACCACCAAGCUGCGAUACCGAGGCAAAGGCGUUGGCUCUGAUCUCCUUCACUUCGCGGUUCAGACGACCUUUCGUGCGUUUGGCCCAGACGCCAGCGUCGAGUUCGACCCAAACCACCCAAACAGCACGCAUCCGCUGCCCGACAUGUUUCUUCGACCCUUCAAGAGGCGCCAGCAAAAGGCCGCCAAGGCGUUG